GAAGGAAGCACAGUUACUACUCCCAUUUAUAUACACAUAAGGAAAGAGGGCAAACAUAAAUGUAUAAGCCCUCUUCAACUCAUAUUUUUUUUUUUUAAAAAAGAUUGCGGAUAGAUGAAACCUCUUCAGUUUUAAUCUUUUUUUCCACUAUUAAACAACAACAAAAUUCAAGCUAAUUAAACCUUCGCGAAGUUUGAACAAUCAAGUAGUUCUUCGCAUCAAAUUAAAACAUAGUAAAGCAAAUUGAGUACUUUCUCUUGAAUCUUUCAGCCAUGAACCACUCUUCAGCAGAUCAUGAUCGGGAUCAGUACCUAAAGAAGCGAAAAUCCAGUGCUGAUUCCUCGUCAAGCAUGAGGAAAUCCAGCGCAAGGAGAAGAUUCAGCAGCAGCAAGAAUUCGAACAACAACGACGACAACAAAGGCGGUGGAGGCGGAGGCGGAGGCGUGUCGACGACGCUGAAGCUGUACGACGAUCCAUGGAAAAUAAAGAAGACGUUAACGGACAGCGACCUCGGGAUCCUGAGCAGGCUGUUGCUGGCAGCUGAUUUGGUGAAGAAGCAGAUCCUUCCGAUGCUGGGCGGCGAUGACGCUCGAGCGGCGGAGACGGAAGAAGGAACUCCGGUGAGAGUGUGGGACAUGGACACCAGAUCCAUGCACCACUUGGUCCUGAAGCGUUGGUCAUCUUCCAAAAGCUAUGUUCUUAUUGGAAAAUGGAAUCAAGAUUUCGUCAGAAGACGGGACCUCAAGAAAGGUGAUGAGAUUGGCUUCCACUGGGAUCCCUAUAACUGCGCCUUCAACUUCUGCGUUCUUACACGCGCCUCCUCCUCCUCCUCCACCUGAUCGAUCUGCACCACCAUGCAAGGGCACUGCGCUGUGCAUUGCUACCAUAAAAUGCAAAUGUUCCCUGUGAUUCGGUUAAGAGCCGUAGAUGGCUAUAAAAGGUAUUCAAUGUAUGCUGUACCAGAUGAGAAAUUAAACUACUGUAUUUUUCAUAUCAUUCUUAGUGCUCAACGUCUGUAAUGACUCCAAUUUCAUUUAGUUUAAAGAGUCAAGAAUUUUAAAUAAAUUAACACAACAU